GAUACAACUGAACCAAGUGUACUUUUGAACCUCAAACUUUAUGAAAAACUGCAUUCAAGUUUAUACAAUAGACAAAGAUUAAAAUGACGGAGAACAAAAAAGAAGUUUCCAAGAGUUCCUUUUGCCAGCCAUGGGAUGGAAGUGACAUAGUGUUAAUUAGUGAUAGCAAUGAAAAAGUGUAUGCUUCAAAAGCUGUUCUACAAAUGGUGUCUCCAGUAUUUAAGGCAAUGUUUAAUUCUGAAUUCAAAGAAAAGAAAAAGUCUGAAAUUCCGCUACCAGGAAAGAGUACAGAGGACCUUGUUUAUUUUAUGGAAGCCGUACAUCCCCUUACAUGGAUAGAGUUUACAGAUGAUAACAUUGAUGUUUUAUUACGUCUUGGUCGGGAAUACCAGGUUGACAAGCUGAUGAAAAAAUGCCAAAAAUACCUUUCUGCUGAAAAGCCAAGCCUGGAGAACUUCAUUCGAGCAAAUGAUUAUGAAUUUGAAGAUGUCAAAAAGGACAAUCUAGAGUUUCUGAUUUCUGAACCAAUGUUUACAGCCCUAGAAGCACAUCCAUGGUUUCCACGGUUACAGCAGAAUCAUCUUAUGGAAAUAAUGAGGAAGAAAUUAGCUAUGUUGGAAUUUACAAUCUGUGCAACAUCAAAACCAUUUGAUGAUGGGGCUAUUCUCUUAAAAAGGAAAACAAGAGAGCUAGAUCAAGUCCCAUCACUCAAGUGUUCAAGUUAUCUUUCGACAAAUCAAUAUGAAUGUUCAAAUAGGUGGUCGACUACCAAUAAACUAGGACUGUGUGAUCAUGGAAAAGAGGAUCUUAACAAAAAGAUGAAAAUGAUUCAUGUAAAAUGCAAUAAGG